GUUUUCGCGGGAACAGCGAUCAUGGGCCCUCUUCCUCCUCCCGUGCCGACCGACGAGGCCCCCAGAAAGAAACGCCGCACACUACGCGAUGCUGAAGCAGAGCUUGAGGCCUGUCGCUCGGCCUUGCAAGUAGCCAAGCGCAAACUCGUGCUCACGGCCCGAGAGAACGCCAAGAUGAAGGUGCUGCUAAUGAGAUACAUUGAGAAGGACGACUCACUGCUGUGUUCCAGCCAGCUCAGCGUCGGUGAGUCGAGUAGCCAGCCUACGACAAGUGUGGUGCAGACUUCGUCACCUCGGUUGAGUUCUCCUCCCGCCGCUGAGACGGACACGUCAGUGCUGUCUCAGUCUCCUAGGGAGUACACGACAGCGGAGGAAGAAAGUGAGGGAAGUCUGUGGAAUGGCGACUUCCAACCAAGCGGUGACGGGUUCACCGAACCUAUUAGCCAGCUAAGCCAGCUAAGCCAGAUCAGUCAAUGGAGCGAGCUCAGCUCCACGUCCAACCUGGACGCUAUCAUCAAUUUUCUCGAGACGCAAGACACUUCGGAGACGGGCCGUAUGGGAGCGCUCCAGGCAGAGUAUGCCAAGUUGAAGGAGCAGAAAACAGUCGUCCGUGUGGGUGUGGGAGUCUUGCUGAUGUCGAAGAAACACCCAAACUGCGUGCUCAUCGGCCAACGCAAAGGCUCACAUGGUGAAGGCAAGUUUGCUCUUCCAGGUGGACAUUUGGAAAUGUACGAGAGCUGGGAGGACUGCGCGCUUCGAGAGGUCAAGGAGGAGACAGAUCUGGAUCUGAAGGAGGUCACAUUCGCUACAGUAACGAACGACCCGAUGGAAGACGAGGGCAAGCACUACAUCACGAUCCUCAUGCAGGCGGUCGUGGAUGACGAGCAGACCGUCCAGAACAUGGAGCAUAACAAGUGCGAGGGCUGGAGCUGGGUGCCGUGGGCCGAUCUGCGCUCUCGUGACGACAUGUUUACGCCGCUGUUCCACGUGACUCACAGCGAGUUUACACCAAUGUUCGUCAAGCCCUGA